CUUCAAUCGAGGCUUACCCUAGCGGCGCUUGGUCCACACCAGGCGUCGCCGCCUUCACAUCCGCGGUCGCCAACCGACAAGAAGCGCCGAAAAUGGCGGACCAAAAUCCCAAUUUUCCCAACAAUCAACAUACAGCGAACGCCAUUGAAAGCGCUGAACAGUUUCUGAUGCUCGACGAGAAUCCCGAAGACAGCCACGACCCUUUGCUCGACGAUUUCUUGAACAACGUGCUGCGGGAUCCCGAUGAGAAUACCGCCGGAGAAUUCGGUGCUCGGUUUUCAGAAGCAGAUUUGGGGGGAAAUGUUAAUGGUAGUGAAAGUGGGAAUUUUUCAGAUUUCGCACGGAAUAAUUGGGCUCCGGAGAACCCGAUUCGGAUCCCAAUCUGGCCCAUCCCGCCAUCUCCUUACAGUUGCACUUGCUGCCAGACGCUUAGGGAAUUUAUUCAUACAAAUGGUGCUCAAGUGCUGAAGCUUGAUGUUCAUGGAAGAUUAGGACUAAUCAGCCAUGCUGUGCUUGAAAGAUUUAAUCGUAAUGCGUUGCUUGAGGAUCAUGAGUUCUAUAUGUUCGACUUCUGCCUGGAGAGCAUAAGCAGUGUGAAGCAUUUCCUGGUUCAGUACUGUGAAGAUCGUACAAGAGAAGGUUAUGUGAUGUUGCAGGAUCCUUUGUCCAACUUCUACAACGCCUUGUGCAUUGGACUUGCAGAUGGCAAUGGUAGUAGUCAACAGCCCGACAUUUUCCUUCCACAAACUUCAGGAGGGGACAGGAAUAUGAACCAAGGAGACAGUUCAAACCAACCCGAACAAAAUGGAUGUGAUGUAUCUAAAAGCUAUUUAGCUUCACAGAGGGAAAGAACUGGAAAGAUGAAAGUGAGUGAUUUGGCUAAGUAUUUUCAUCUUCCCAUGAAUGUUGCAUCUAGAGAAAUGAACUUAUGUGCUUCUGCUUUAAAAGGCAUAUGCCGCAAAGGGGGCAUGGACAGAUGGCCUUACCGAAAGAUAAAAAGCUUAAAGGAUAAAAUAUCCAUGAGGCAAGAGAGAUUGAAUUCGAGUGAUCCCAGCGUAAGAGCACGUGCUGAAUCAGACAUACAGAAGUUUCAAACAAAGCUCGCCAAAAUAUACAACUUCAGCCGUAAAGGGGAUGGACGAAAAUACUAAUCGGUUAUUCUAUUAUAGGAAUAGAUGUAGUGACAUACAAGACAGGUUUUAUGUGUUUCUGUUGUAAUGCUGAUCAGUUUAGUUGCAGAUAUAUAUAUUGGUAAAUUGUAGAGAAUAGGUUUGAUGAGUUUCUAUUUUAACGUAUCUAUUGUUAAGU